AACACAAUAAGACGUAAAUAAUGGCAGUGAAAAGACACAAUUCGAUGUUUACGGUUUACUACGUCUUAGUUUUUCACUCUUGUGUCUGGUCGUCCCGUUCGCAAUAUUCAGUAUUACACUGAGUGAUCACCGAGAAGUGUUUAUUCACUUACAUUACUGUGCAAUUAUUGUUUCAUGCGAAACUCGAAUAAAUUCUGUCGAUAAAAUUAAAGGUUUUUCAACCUCGAAUCGGUCGAACGGUCACGAACACCCACUGUUCCAUUGGAUACAAAAUAAAUUGGAUCGAAUUUUUGCCGACCAGUAGGGCCCAUCAAGUCGAAACAGAUCCCAUGGGUCGAAUAUUCCUCGAUCACGUUGGCGGUGACCGACUGUACGCCUGUGCUGCAUGCGAUACUAACCUGACUAAUCGCGACGAGUUGAUUAGUACAAGAUUCACGGGUGCAACAGGUCGUGCAUUCCUAUUCAAUAAAGUUGUAAACCUCAAUUAUAGUGAUGUGCAAGAUCGAGUAAUGUUAACUGGUCGUCAUAUAGUGCGAGAUGUAUCCUGUAAAAAUUGUGACACCAAGUUAGGAUGGAUAUAUGAAUUUGCCAUGGAAGAAAAUCAGCGCUAUAAAGAGGGCCGAGUUAUAUUAGAAAGGGCAUUGGUUACCGAAGGAGAUGGUCUUGAACAUGAAAUAUAAACAUGCUUCAAGAUGUUGAAUUGUACAGUUUUGUUUUACUUUU